GAUAAACACGAGAAACGGUACAUACCUUUCAACAACCAUACUGUGUAAACACGCUGUCACCGCCUGCAGUUCACCACCGCGUAGGGAGCUUGCAAAAUGCUACAAAAGCAGCUUUCGCGUUCAGAGCAUGACGUGAUAUAGCAAUUACUUGCAAACGUGAACGAUCAACGUAUAAUGUGUUUUGAUAGCUGCCAGCUAACUUUACGCGCCGGUGGUCACCUGCAGCACAGCAACAGCUGUACCAGCUGCAAACUCAGCCAAGCGAAGGGAAGAGCUAGCUACGGUCUGUCCUUAUAGUAGCCCAACACUCUUCAUUACACCUACUACCAGAUCCCAUGUCGCAGCAAAAUACCCCUGGGCCCCCAUCCGGUGGGGCUUCAGGAUUCAGCCGCAUUCCCACAUUGUCUGCUGGCCGCAGCGGCGCCAGCAGUCGCCUGCCCUCGCCGCCGGUCUCGCCCGGCAUUAGCUCCCCCUCCACUCCCCAGGACUCUGUAAACCUUGGGAACGGCAGCAGCACGUGGACGGCAGGCAUGCUGGCACACGCCCGCGAGCGUCUAGCGCAGUCGGGCAGCGCCGGCGCCGGUGCUUCAACCUACUCCUCCCAGUCCAUAGCCCCAUCCAACCUCGGCGCCACAGCUACAAACACUGCCACAGCCGCUGCUGCCGCAACCGGUGCGGCUGCGUCCGCCUUCGCCACCCCGCCCUCUGCCGUCAUACCCACCAACCGCAACUAUGCCCGCUCCGGGAGCCUGUCCUUGCCUCGCGGCUUUGACUCGGUGCGCACCUCCGCUUCCGGGCUGGGACCAGGCGGCGGAGCCGCUCCCGGCUCAGGAUCAGGCCUGGGCCGCCCUCCUACUAACCCGUUGAGCACCUCCGUCGCCAGCCCAAGCCUCAGCCCUCAGGCAACUGGUUGCGGCCUCAGCGCUAGCCCCAGCCUUGGGGGCGGUGUGUCUGCCGGUGGUGUUCAGUCGGGAGGAGGCGGGGUGCCGUUGGCCGCAUCGGGUGGAGGAGCAGGAGGGCCGGGAUGGGGGCAGAGCGGAGGCGGCAGCGGCAUGCCGCAGGACGCGGG